UUGUCUAUAAAACCAGUUGGCAGAAAAACACUGCUCUCAUUUGUUCAUCGUCCAAAUGGCACUUGCAAGGAACCAUUUAUUGGAUCAAAAAUUUGGAAUAUGUAUUACACCUGAAGACCUAAUACUUCCCUAUUAUCCGUCAAUUGGAUCGAACUACUACAGACCGUGGAAGUGGUGUAUUGAUAGUGGAAUCAGAGAUUUUGGUUCUGUAAUAGAUGAUCAAGAAGAUAAAUUCAAAAUUAUUUUGGAUGUUCAACAUUUCCGGCCAAAUGAAAUAAGUGUUAAAGUUAUGGGCAAAGAAAUUAUUGUGGAAGGUAACCAUGAAGAAAGGCAAGACAACCAUGGUAUUAUAUCCAGACAGUUUAAAAGGCGGUAUGUUUUACCAAGUGAUUCUCUCCCAGAACUAGUGUCUUCAACUCUGUCAUCAGAUGGCCUACUCACUGUUAUUGCUAGCAAAAAAGCUGUUAAAAAUAAAGAUAUAGAAAUAACAGUGCCUAUCCAAAUGUGUGGCCCUGCUCCCAAAAGGGAACAAGUCGAAAACAAAACCAGCAAAGAUAGUAACAUGAUGAAAGAGGAAGAUGUCAUCAAUAAUAAUCUGGAAUUAAAAAAUAAUGCAAGUGCUUCAUCCAACAUAGAAUGUUUAAGAGCUGAUAUGACUGAAUCCACUAAAAUGUCUACAGAAAAAAUGCUGAUUGAAGCAAGAAAAGAAUCUGAUAAUGUAUUAAAAAUGGCUUCUAAUACAGUAGAAAUUGAUGCAGUUACUGCUCUGGGGAAGUUAGAAAAUGUUAAAGAUCAAUCAAAGGUUUCAAUGGAUGAACUGAUAGAAAAGGUGUCAGAGAAAAAUGUUAUGAACAUGAUUGAAACAUCAAAUUUCAAUAGCAUGGUGAAGGCAACAGUAACCAGCGAAGAGGUUUCUUCAUUUAAAUCUUCUGUUAUGUCAAGUAGGAAGGUGUCAGAUGAACAAAUUAGUGAGUUUGUUGGUGAUGUCAUCAGCAUUGAACUCAAAGAUGCAGCUGAAAAUGUUUGAAUUUAAAUGUUAUUUACACAAUUUCACAAAUAUUUAUUGCACAUACUAAAAAACUUUUUUCUUAAUGUUAAGACUUAUCAUACACCUUCUUGGUGCUUUGGUUACAAGAACCCCAUUAAAAUACAAAUUCCUAACAACAUCAUUAUGUUAUUUAUGAGAUCAAUAUGAGCAAAACUCAAUGGUAAAAUUAAAGUAUGAGUUGAAUUUAUAAUUUACAAAAUAAAUAAUAUUAAAUAUCA